AGUUUGGGAAACGCAGGCCGGCGGUGCCGAGCACGUCUGCUCUCGGGACGCCGGUGAAGCGCCGCCGAACUUCCGUGCAAGUGCUAGGGUCGGGGACAGCCCUCGUGGGCUUUCGUGCGCGCACCGGCACUGCUCACUCCAUUGCUCGCGGUGGCUGUGCGGCCACUUUGCCUGGAAAUUAAGACGCCCGUUUUGGUGCCAGGGAGUCGCGCAGCCCUGGUGACUCCUGCGGGUGCCCUGGAAGGUCUGUGACGGUCCCGAAGUUGCAGAACGAUGUGCGUCGCUUACUCGUGUCAUUGCACGAUGGCUUACCCAACUGUUGGCAGUGGAAGGGUGCACGGGAUGGAGGACAGCUGCGCAUUUAUGGACACCCUUAUUUUGGUGGUGGUUCCGGCGAAUUCAUUUAGUAAUGUUGUUGCGUUUGCUGAUACAUAGUUAAAACCGUAGGGUUAAGUGAGGCAGAGCAGAGCUGGGUAUGGGAAGCUCAGGAAGCUUUUGGCUGGAGUGCUUUUCCCCCUCUGCUUUCCUUUGACUAUGAAAACGGCUUAGGGCCUUCAUCUUGCCUCCAUAUUUUAAUUGCCAGCUCUUACCGAGCUGUGGCAGAUCGUCUGGGAACCAAGUACAAGAUGUACAUAUUAUUGCAUUAGCUUCUUUGUGAUACAAAGUUAAGGUUUGGUAUGCCAUUUGCAUUGUAAUGUCUGGUGUAAAAUCCUAUUAUUAUUCCUGUAUUAAUUGAAAUUUGGAGAAGGAAGAGAGUUUUGAAUAACGUUAAACUUUUUUUAUACUUUUUGUAUCUUUUAGAGCAACACAUAUCAAGUCAUAUUAGGGUUUUAAUUUGAUUGUUUCCCAUUUUGUUAUUUGGAAAGCACUUCUUUCAGAACAUUAAUUUGGGAUUAUAUGUUUUAUAUUUGUUUUUCGGUUCUUACUCUAGAAAGAGUACACCUAUCUGUUGUCAAGCCCCUCUCCCUUACACAUGGCAAGUGUGUGCGGCCACACGCACUUCCCCUGAGAUGGAAAUGAGCUCGCUUUUAGUGCAACUUCCAGUGCACCAGAAGGAAGGCUGAUUUGGGAGCAUGUACGUAAUAUGCUGGGAUGUGGACAAUCAACUUGGAGGAAGAUUCACUGGGGCCACAAGGGGUCUGCAAAGAUUUGGAGGAAGCAGUACUUGAAUUGGACCUUGAAGGGUCAAUAGGAUUUAGCCUAGUAGAGUGAGAAGAAAGUGAGUGUUGGAGGCCUCGAAGUAGAGGAAAAACUACAGUGGAAGAUGAAGACAGCAUGGAUGGUCUGGAGACAGCAGAAACAGAAAAUAUUGUGGAAACAGCAGAAAUCAAAGAACAGUCUGCAGAGGAGGAUGCGGAGGUGGAGGCGGAUGGCAGCAAGCGGCUGGCCCCGGCCCUGCAGCGCUCGGUGUCUGAAGAGUCGGCGAGCUCCCUGGUCUCAGUUGGUGUAGAAGCCAAAAUCAGUGAACAGCUCUGUGCUUUUUGUUACUGUGGUGAAAAAAGUUCCUUAGGACAAGGAGACUUAAGACAAUUUAGAGUAACACCUGGAUUUAUCUUGCCGUGGAAAAACCAACCUUCUAGCAAGAAGGACAUUGAUGACAACAGCAAUGGGACCUGUGAGAAAAUUCAAAACUCAGCACCGCGAAAACAUAGAGGACAGAGAAAGUAUAAAAAAGAACGGUCUCCUCAGCAGAAUACAGUGUCGUGUGUGAGUGUGAGCACUCAGACUGCUUCUGAUGACCAGGUUACUCAGUUAUGGGAUGAGCUCAGUCUUGUCGGUCUUCCCGAUGCCAUUGAUGUCCAAGCCUUAUUUGAUCCUACAGGCACUUGUUGGGCUCAUCACCGCUGUGUGGAGUGGUCACUGGGAGUGUGCCAGAUGGAAGAACCGUUAUCAGUGAAUGUGGACAAAGCUGUUGUCUCAGGGAGCACAGAGCGAUGUGCAUUUUGUAAGCACCUUGGAGCCACUAUCAAAUGCUGUGAAGAGAAAUGUACACAGACAUACCAUUACCCUUGUGCUGUGGGGGCCGGCACCUUCCAGGACGUCAGCCACUUCUUCCUUCUUUGUCCAGAGCACAUCGACCAAGCUCCUGAAAGAUCAAAGGAAGAUGCAAACUGUGCAGUGUGCGACAGCCCGGGAGACCUGUUAGAUCAGUUCUUUUGUACUACUUGUGGUCAGCACUAUCAUGGAAUGUGCCUGGAUAUAGCGGUUACUCCAUUAAAACGUGCAGGUUGGCAAUGUCCUGAGUGCAAAGUGUGCCAGAACUGCAAACAAUCGGGAGAAGAUAGCAAGAUGCUAGUGUGUGAUACGUGUGACAAAGGGUAUCAUACUUUUUGUCUUCAACCAGUUAUGAAAUCAGUACCAACCAAUGGCUGGAAAUGCAAAAAUUGCAGAAUAUGUGUAGAGUGUGGCACACGGUCUAGCUCUCAGUGGCACCACAAUUGCCUGGUGUGUGACAGUUGUUACCAGCAGCAGGACAACUUGUGUCCUUUCUGCGGGAAGUGCUACAACCCAGAACUGCAGAAAGACAUGCUUCACUGUAAUAUGUGCAAAAGGUGGAUUCACUUAGAAUGUGACAAACCAACGGAUCAGGAACUGGACUCUCAGUUCAGAGAAGAGUAUAUCUGCACAUACUGCAAACACUUAGCAGCAGCCGAGAUGGAUGCGCUGCAGCCAGGUGAUGGUGUGGAGAUGGCCGACAUCACUGCAGAUUAUAACAAUGAAAUGGAAGUGGAAGGCUCUGAAGACCCUGUGGUGUUUCUCGAGCAAGCAGUGCCUAAAGACGCCCGCAGCCAAGAGUCUACACCUGGAAUUGUUCCAGAUGUUCUGAUCCGUGCUGGAGAACAGCAAGAGAGCAAUCUGCCAGAAGGUCUGGACACACAGGGGCUUCUCACUUCUGAAUCAUCUCAAGAUAAAAUGCAUCCUGAAUUGGAAAAUCGGAUUUCUCAUGCAGUUGAUAAUGAAAAAGUGGAAAUGUCUUCUAAAGUGAUACAUACUUGUGAUGAAAAUCAAAAUGAAAACAAAAUGGAUGUGACGGGAAACGUCAACAUCCUGGCACACCCGGCCACUGCACAAGAGGAGGUGCAGUUGUCAGAGGAACUUCAAGUGGUGGCAUCCACUGAGGAGUCCAGGCCUCCAAAUUCAAUCAUGGACUCCGUCACCAUUCCACCAGAAACCUUGGUGCCCCCCUGUGAGGAAAGUACUGUAUGCCCUAUGGAACGCUUAGCUGUAGAAAGGGUACAAGAAGAAAUGGAAAAGAAAGUUAGUUCUGAAUCUUCCACUGCCUUCAUGGACUUUGAAACGACUCCUGCAGUUGAGAGUUGUGUGAAGGAUGGUUUAUGCCAAGACAAAUCUAUGAAAUUACCGCCUGAGGCGGAGUUAUCAUUUCCUUCGGCAGUGGACAUACGCAAGGCCCAUGCGUCUUCCUCUCCACCUCCUUCCUCGGACUUGCCUUCUCACGACAUGCUGCACAGCUACCCUUCAGCGCUCAGUGCUUCUGUUGGGAACAUCCUGCCCACCACUUACUUUUCUGUCACUCCAAAAAUUGGCAUGGGUAAACCAGCUAUUACCAAGAGGAAGUUUUCUCCCGGCAGACCCCGUUCUAAACAGGGGGCUUGGAGUACCCAUAAUACAGUGAGCCCACCUUCCUGGUCCCCAGACAUUUCAGAAGGUCGGGAAAUUUUUAAACCCAGGCAGCUUCCUGGCAGUGCCAUUUGGAGCAUCAAAGUGGGCCGUGGGUCGGGGUUUCCAGGAAAGCGGAGACCUCGAGGUGCCGGACUGUCCGGCCGUGGCGGCAGAGGCAGGUCCAAAUUGAAAAGUGGAAUGGGGACAGUUGUGCUACCCGGGGUGUCUGCUGCUGAUAUUUCAUCGAAUAAGGAUGAAGAAGAAAACUCCAUGCACAAUACGGUUGUGCUGUUUUCUAGUAGUGACAAGUUCACUUUGCAUCAGGAUAUGUGCGUAGUUUGUGGCAGUUUUGGCCAAGGAGCAGAGGGAAGAUUACUGGCCUGUUCUCAGUGUGGGCAGUGUUACCAUCCAUACUGUGUCAGUAUUAAGAUCACUAAAGUGGUUCUCAGCAAAGGUUGGCGGUGCCUCGAGUGCACUGUGUGUGAGGCCUGCGGGAAGGCCACGGACCCGGGGAGACUCCUGCUGUGCGAUGACUGUGACAUCAGUUACCACACCUACUGCUUGGACCCUCCCUUGCAGACGGUUCCCAAAGGAGGCUGGAAGUGCAAAUGGUGUGUUUGGUGCAGACACUGUGGAGCCACGUCUGCAGGUCUGAGGUGUGAGUGGCAGAACAAUUACACGCAGUGUGCCCCCUGUGCAAGCCUGUCUUCCUGCCCCAUCUGCUACCGAAACUACCGGGAGGAAGACCUCAUUCUGCAGUGCAGACAAUGUGAUAGGUGGAUGCAUGCAAUUUGUCAAAACUUAAAUACUGAAGAGGAAGUGGAAAAUGUGGCGGACACUGGUUUUGACUGUAGCAUGUGCAGACCCUAUAUGCUGACAUCAAAUGUGCCUUCCUCAGAAUGCUGUGACUCCUCACUUGUAGCACAGAUUGUCACGAAAGUGAAGGAGCUAGAUCCACCCAAGACCUACACCCAGGAUGGUGUGUGCUUGACUGAAUCAGGGUUGACUCAGUUGCAGAGUCUCAUAGCUACAGCUCCAAGAAGAAAGCGGUCAAAACCAAAGUUGAAAUUGAAGAUUAUAAAUCAGAACAGUGUGGCCGUCCUGCAGACCCCUCCAGACAUCCAGUCUGAGCAUUCACGGGAUGGAGAAAUGGAUGAUAGUCGAGAAGGAGAACUUAUGGACUGUGAUGGAAAGUCAGAAUCUAGUCCUGAACGGGAAGCUGUGGAUGGUGAAGCCAAGGGUGUGGAAGGAACAGAGGGUGUCAGAAAGAGGAAGCGGAAACCAUACAGACCAGGUAUCGGUGGAUUUAUGGUACGGCAAAGAAGUCGGACCGGGCAAGGAAAAGCCAAAAGAUCUGUGAUCAGGAAAGAUUCCUCGGGCUCUAUUUCUGAGCAGUUACCUAGCAGAGAUGAAGGUUGGAGUGAGCAGUUACCAGAUACUCUUGUUGAUGAAUCUGUUUCUGUUACUGAAAACACUGAAAAAAUAAAGAAGAGGUACCGGAAAAGGAAAAACAAGCUUGAGGAAACUUUCCCUGUCUAUUUACAAGAAGCUUUCUUUGGAAAAGAUCUUCUAGAUACAAGCAGACAAAACAAGCUAAAUUUAGAUAUUCUAUCAGAAGACACAGCUCAGCUUUCAUAUAAAGCAAACGUGAACACACAUUUCCUGGAUCCUUCCUUAGACCCACUACUUAGUUCAUCCUCAACUCCAGCAAAACCUGGAACUCAUGGUACUGCUGAUGACACCUUAGCUGAUAUAUCCGAAGUCCUAAACACAGAGGAUGACAUUCUUGGAAUAAUUUCAGAUGAUCUUGCAAAAUCAGUUGAUCAUUCAGGUCUUGAUUUAUGCACUUUCCAGGUUGACAACUCACCUUUUCCAUUUGCCGGAAUAGAUAUUGGCCCUGUCGCCGAUGACCCUUCCUCUGUGUCUCAGCCAAGUGUCAGUCAGAGUUCACGACCUUUAAGUGAGGAGCAGCUGGAUGGAAUCCUUAGUCCUGAACUAGACAAAAUGGUCACAGAUGGUAAAAUAUUUGCCCUACAGCUAGGCUUUCUAAAAGACAUGAGAGCGAUUCUUGGAAAGUUAUAUAAAAUUCCAGAGCUUGGAGGAAAGGAUGUUGAAGACUUAUUUACUGCUGUGCUCAGUCCUGUGACUCCUCAGCCAGCUCCAUUACCACAGCCUCCCCCUCCCCCUGCACCACAGCUGAUACCCCUACACAAUCAGGAUGUUUUUUCACGGAUGCCACUCAUGAACGGCCUUAUUGGGCCCAGUCCUCAUCUCCCACACACCUCUUUGCCUCCUGGAAGUGCACUGGGAACUUUCUCUGCCAUAGCACAAUCCCCUUACACUGAUGCCAGGGAUAAGAAUCCAGCAUUUAAUCCAAUGGCCAGUGACCCUCACAGCUCUUGGACCUCCUCGGCUCCCCCUGUGGAAGGGGAGGGCGAUACGAUGUCCAAUGCUCAGAGAAGCACACUUAAGUGGGAGAAGGAGGAGGCCCUGGGGGAGAUGGCCACUGUUGCGCCAGUUCUCUACACAAACAUUAACUUCCCCAACCUGAAGGACGAGUUCCCUGACUGGACUACUAGAGUGAAACAGAUUGCUAAGCUGUGGAGAAAAGCAAGCUCCCAGGAAAGAGCACCAUACGUGCAAAAAGCUAGAGACAACCGAGCUGCAUUGCGCAUCAAUAAAGUGCAGAUGUCAAAUGAUUCCCUGAAGAGGCAGCAGCAGCCGGACAGCAGCGACCCCAGCUCUCGGCUUGACUCGGAUCUCUUUAAAGAUCCGUUAAAGCAAAGAGAAUCGGAACAUGAACAGGAAUGGAAAUUUAGACAGCAAAUGCGCCAGAAGAGUAAGCAGCAGGCGAAGAUUGAGGCUACCCAGAAGCUGGAGCAGGUGAAAAGCGAGCAGCAGCAGCAGCAGCAGCAGCAGCAGCAGUUUGGCUCACAGCCUCUGCUGGCAUUGUCGCGCUCGGACACACCCAGCAGUGGGAUACAGAGCCCCCUGGCUGCCCAGCCUGGCCCUGGAAACAUGUCUCCUGCACAGUCAUUCCAUAAAGACCUGUUUACAAAGCAGCUCCCCAGCACCCCAACUUCCUCAUCUGCAGACGAUGUGUUUGUAAAGCCACAGGCUCCUCCUCCUCCUCCCACUCCCUCCCGGGUUCCCCUCCAGGAGAGCCCUUCACAGCCUCAGACUUCUCAGCCGCCUUCCCCUCAGGUGUUCUCACCUGGAUCUUCUAACUCCCGACCACCAUCUCCAGUGGAUCCUUAUGCGAAAAUGGUUGGUACCCCAAGACCACCUCCUGGGGGCCACAGCUUUUCCAGAAGGAAUUCUGCACUGGUGGAAAGCUGUGUAUCUUUGUCGUCAGCACCGAGGCCCCCUCAAAUGGGUGAGGGCACAGCAAACAGGCCAUCUCCCAUCCGAGAUUUUUGCUCUUCCUCCUCGACAAGUAAUGACCCCUAUGCAAAGCCUCCAGACACACCCAGGCCUGUGGCAACAGACCAGUUUCCCAAACCCUUGGGCCUGCCCCGGGCUCCUAUAGUUCCAGAUCAAACUGCAAAAAGUCGUCUAGCAGCUGGAACCAAUGGUCACUUCAUGAAACCAUCUCCUAGGACAGAUGUGUUUCAAAGACAGCGGAUCCCUGACACAUAUGCACGACCCUCGUUGACGCCUGCACCCCUUGAUAGUGGUCCUGGACCUUUUAAGGCUCCCAUGCAGCUGCCUCCGCCUUCCCAGGACCCUUACGGGCCAGUGCCACAUCCACCAAGGCGGCUGUCCGCCGACCCUUAUGAAAGGCCUGCCUUGACACCACGACCUGUAGAUAACUUUUCUCAUAACCAGUCGAGUGACCCAUAUAGCCAGCCUCCCCUCACCCCACGUCCUGCAAUGAACGAGUCUUUCGCCCACCCCUCAAGGGCUUUUCCCCAGCCUGGAACCAUAUCAAGGCCAACAUCUCAGGAUCCAUAUUUCCAGCCCUCAGGACCAUCUCCCUCCAAUCCAGACCCUUAUUCCCAGCCUCCUGGAACUCCUCGGCCCUCAACAAUUGAUCCAUAUAGUCAGCAGCCGCCAACCCCAAGGCCACCUACACAAGCAGACUUGUUUGUUACAUCUGCAACUACUCAGAGGCACUCUGACCCAUAUGCUCAUGCUCCUGGAACACCAAGACCUGGCGUCUCUGUUUUUUACUCUCAGCCACCAGCAGCACCAAGGCCAAGGGUUUCAGAGGGUUUUGCUCGGUCCUCAGUGACAAGACCUGUCCUCAUGUCAAGUCAGGAUGUGUUCCUGCAGGCAGCACAGAAUCGAGGCACAGCCUUACCUGGCCCUGUGGUGAGGACACCUGAAGCCUGUUCCCAAGCACCGGGGCCGCCCGGACCUGGCCUCGCAGACACAUUCAGCCGUGUCUCCCCAUCUGCGGCUCGGGACCCCUACGACCAGCCCCCAAUGACUCCAAGGCCUCAGGCUGAUGCUUUUGGAGCAAGUCAAAUGGCUCCUGAUGCUGCUGAUCAGCCCCGGCCUGGUUCUGAGGGGAACUUCAGUGCUCCUGCAAACACCCCCAUGAAUUCUCAAGGCCAGCAGUUCCCCAGUGUCUCCCAACUUCCUGGUCCGGUACCAACCUCGGGAGUCACUGACACACACAACACCAUCAAUAUGUCCCAAGCAGAUACAGAGAAAUUGAGACAGCGGCAGAAGUUACGUGAAAUAAUUCUGCAGCAGCAACAGCAGAAGAAGAUGGCAGGUCGACAGGAGAAAUGUUCCCAGGAUGCAGCCUCUGUGCCUCAUCCCAGUCCCCUGCAGCACUGGCAGCCUGAGAGUGUCAGCCAGGCUUUCUCCAGGCCUCCACCCCCCUAUCCUGGGAGCAUCAGGCCGCCUGCUGUUCCUCCGCUGGGACCUAGAUAUGCUGUCUUCCCAAAGGACCCGCGUGGACCCUAUCCUCCUGAAGUUACUGGUAUGGGAAUGAGACCUCAUGGAUUUAGAUUUGGGUUUCCAGGAGGUAAUCAUGGUACCCUGUCAAGUCAGGAACGCUUCCUUGUGCCUCCUCAGCAAAUACAAGGAUCUGGAAUUCCUCCACAGCCGAGAAGACCAAUGUCUGUAGAUAUGCCCAGGCCUUUAAAUAACUCACCAAUGAGUAAUCCAGUUGGUCUGCCUCAGCAUUUCCCACCACCGGGUCUGCCCGUCCCGCAGCAUCACAUACUUGGCCAAGCAUUCAUCGAGCUGCGGCACAGGGCCCCGGAUGGACGGCCACGGCUGCCCUUCAGUGCUCCUGGCAACAUUCUAGAGGCACCUUCUCAUCCACGACCUGGGAACUUUAUUCCCCGGCCGGACGUUCCAGGCCCUAGACACACCGAACCCAUGAAGCGACUUUCCGAAGGUCUACCUAAUCAGCUGUCUGUGCAUCCAAGUAUGGAACAGGUGCCACCCUCUCAGCCAGAGCAAGGUCAUCCUGUCCACUCAUCUUCUAUGGUCAUGAGGUCCCUGAGUCAUCCCUUCAGUGGGGAGUUUUCAGAGGCCUCUUUGUCAACAUCUACAUCAGUUGAAACAACGUCUGAUAAUUUACAGGUAACUUCCCAGUCUUCUGAUGGUCUUGAAGAAAAACUUGAUUCUGAUGACCCAUCUGUAAAAGAGCUAGAUGUUAAAGAUCUUGAGGGGGUUGAGGUCAAAGACUUGGAUGAUGAAGAUCUUGAAAAUUUAAAUCUAGAUACAGAAGAUGGAAAGGGAGAUGAAUUGGAUACUUUAGGUAAUUUGGAAACUAAUGAUCCCAACCUGGAUGACCUUUUAAGGUCAGGAGAAUUUGAUAUCAUUGCGUAUACAGAUCCAGAACUUGACCUAGGAGAUAAGAAAAGCAUGUUUAACGCAGAACUAGACCUUAAUGUCCCAAUUGAUGAUAAGUUAGAUAAUCAGUGUGUAUCUGUUGAACCAAAAAAAAAGGAGCAAGAAGAUAAAAGUGUGGUUCCUUCUGAUAAACAUUCCCCAUGGAAAAAAUCCACUGUCACCAGUGAGAUAAAAACAGAAGUACUGUCUCCAAAUUCUAAAGGGGAAACCAAAUGUGAAAGUGAGAAAACCGAUGAGGGUAAAGAUCACGCUGACACUCCCUGCUCCCAGGCUGCUGCUCACACAGACUUGCAGGGUGGAGACGAGGCCCCUCCACAGUCCUGUGACGCAGACCUACCUGACAAAAGAGCUCUUCGCGAAACCGCUGGCUCCAGCACAGGUGCUGCUCAUGGACCCACUCAGCUGCCUGCUGAAGACACAGCCAAUUCUUGUGGCGUAACUGGGUCGACUCCAGUUCUUACCAGUUUACUUGCUAAUGAAAAGUCGGAAACUCCAGACAUGGAGCCGUUGGGGUCUCCACCACCAACGUUGCCAGUCUCAACAUCCAGCCACAUGCCAAGUUUGCCUCCUCCGCUGAUGACACCGCCUGGUCAUGUUCUGGAUACUACCAUGAACUCCAACAUGGCAGUAGUCUCUAGGGUAAACCACGCUUUUCCUCAGAGUGUGCAGGUCAACCCAGGAUUCCUUCAGGGUCAGCCAGCAGUUAAUCAUGGUUUUGGGACAGGAAAACCUACGGAUCAAACUGUGCCCCUAUCCAGUCAGUCUGGACCCCCGCCACUGGUGGUCCCUCCGACACUCACCCCGCAGAGCAGAGAGAGACCCCUCCUCCUGGACGAACAGCCUCUGCUGCUGCAGGACCUUCUGGACCAAGAGAGGCAGGAGCAGCAGCAGCAGAGACAGAUGCAGGCCAUGAUCCGGCAGCGGUCGGAACCCUUCUUCCCCAACAUCGAUUUUGAUGCAAUUACAGAUCCUAUAAUGAAAGCCAAAAUGGUGGCCCUUAAAGGCAUCAAUAAAGUAAUGGCACAAAACAAUAUGGGCAUGCCACCAAUGGUCAUGAACAGGUUCCCCUUUAUGGGCCAGUCGGUGACUGGAGCGCCAACAGGUGACGGCCAGACUCUCCUGCCACAGGCCAUUCCUCAGGAUGGCAGUAUAACACAUCAGCUUUCUAGGCCUAAUCCUCCAAAUUUUGGUCCAGGCUUUGUCAAUGACUCCCAACGUAAGCAAUACGAAGAGUGGCUUCAGGAGACCCAGCAGCUGCUUCAGAUGCAGCAGAAAUACCUCGAAGAACAAAUCGGCGCACACAGAAAAUCCAAGAAGGCCCUCUCGGCCAAGCAGCGCACCGCCAAGAAGGCCGGGCGUGAGUUCCCAGAAGAGGACGCGGAGCAACUCAAGCAUGUGACCGAGCAGCAGAGCAUGGUUCAGAAGCAGCUGGAGCAGAUCCGGAAGCAGCAGAAGGAGCACGCGGAGCUGAUGGAGGAUUACCGGAUCAAGCAGCAGCAGCAGCAGCAGCAGCAGCAGCACGCAAUGGCCCCACCUGCUGUCAUGCCCAGGGUGCCGCCCCCCAUUCCCGGAGCUGCCCCACCUGCCAUGGGCCCGCCCACCUUCCCCCUGGUGGCCCAGCCACUGCAGCACUCAGCUGUCAUUCCUGGCCACACCAGCCCCGCCCGGAUGCCUAGCUUACCCGGAUGGCAGCCUCCCAGUGCCCCUGCUCACCUCCCCCUCAACCCUCCCCGGGUCCAGCCUCCAGUUGCCCAAUUACCAAUGAAAACGUGUGCAUCAGCCCCAGGGACAGUGCCCAAUGCAAAUCCACAGAGCGGCCCGCCUCCACGGGUGGAGUUUGAUGACAACAACCCCUUUAGUGAAAGUUUUCAAGAACGGGAACGGAAGGAGCGUCUCCGAGAACAGCAGGAGAGGCAGCGAAUCCAGCUCAUGCAAGAGGUGGACCGCCAGAGAGCCCUGCAGCAGAGGAUGGAGCUGGAGCAGCACGGUCUGAUGGGUCCGGAGCUGAGCACAAGGACAGCCGUGCCCCAGGCCCCAUUCUACGGCCCUGACCUGCCUUGUGACUUCCUGCAGCCUCCACGGCCCCUUCCGCAGUCUCCUCAACAGCAGCAGCAGGUGGGCCAGGUGUUGCAGCAGCAGAGCAUGCCACAAGGGUCUGUGAAUUCACCCCCCACCCCAACUUUCAUGCAGACCAACGAGCGAAGACAGAUAGGACCCCCCUCGUUGGUCCCUGACUCGAUGUCAGUUCCUGGUGGGAGCCCAACCUUACACCCUGGUAAGCAGGCGCACAGCAGUCUUCCCGGGGCUGGCUUCCAGCAGUCCCCCGUGAGGGCUCCUUUCACACCUGCCUUGCCCACAGCAUCGCCAGGAGCCAACAGCAGUCUCCCCUGUGGCCAAGACCCUGCCUUAACCCAUGGACAAGGUUACCCCGGAUCGGCCCAGUCUCUCAUUCAACUGUAUUCUGAUAUCAUCCCAGAGGAAAAGGGGAAGAAGAAAAGAACAAGAAAAAAGAAGAAAGAUGAUGACGUGGAGUCCACCAAGGCACCGUCCACUCCACACUCAGAUAUCACUGCUCCCCCAACCCCGAGUGUCUCUGAAACUACCUCCACACCCACAGUCCACACGCCCAGCGAGCUGCCUCUGCAAGGAGAGCCCGAGCCGGGGGAAGCAGCUGGCUCGUUGGUUGCAAGCGCGGCCGCAGGCCAGCAGUGUACAGACCUGGAAAACAGUCUGCCCCCCGAGGAGUUCUCACAAGGAACCCCCCAUCAGCAGACGUCCGCCACUGCAGGGGUGGACACGCGGCCCGCGAGCACUCCUGCCACGGCUGACGAGGUCAAACCGGAGAUGGCCGAGCCCCAGCAGUGCCCAGGCCCCGAGGGGCCUCCCUCAGAGGGACAGGCUGGGAGUCAGGCUGGAGACACAGCUGUGGUCUGUCCCAUCUCCUCAGGGCAGAGCCCUCCCCCUGCUGCCAAAGGAGAUGUGGGCAAUGAGCUUCUGAAGCACCUGCUGAAAAACAAGAAGGCCGCUGCCCUCGUGACCCAGAAACCUGAAGGCACUUGUUGCCCACAAGACGACAGCACGAAGGACAGCAAGCCGGUGGAGCGGCAGAACCCAGCCAAAGGACCGCAAACUCUGGGAGCUCACACGCAAGGUGGUUUUGGAUGUGGUAACAACCAGCUGCCAAAAGUAGAUGGAGGAAAUGAAACCAAGAAACCACGAGGCAAACGGACCCAGAGGACAGGGGAGAAGGCAGCUCCUCGCUCAAAGAAAAGGAGAAAGGACGAGGAAGAGAAGCAGGCUGUGUGUUCUAGCAGCGACGCCUUUACCCACCUGAAGCAGCAGCUCUCUCUGCUCCCUCUAAUGGAACCAAUCAUUGGAGUGAACUUUGCGCACUUUCUUCCUUAUGGCAGUGGCCAAUUUAAUAGUGGGAAUCGACUUCUAGGAACUUUUGGCAGUGCUACCCUUGACGGGGUUUCGGAUUACUAUUCUCAGUUGAUCUACAAGCAGAAUAAUUUAAGUAAUCCUCCAACACCCCCUGCCUCUCUUCCUCCUACACCACCUCCUGUGGCCUGUCAGAAGAUGGCAAAUGGCUUUGCGACAACUGAAGAGCUUGCUGGAAAAGCCGGAGUGUUAGUGAGCCACGAAGUUACCAAAAGCCUCGGACCUAAACCAUUCCAUCUGCCGUUCCGACCGCAGGACGACUUGCUGGCCAGAGCCAUUGCUCAAGGCCCAAAGACCGUCGAUGUGCCAGCGUCACUGCCCACACCACCUCACAACAACCAGGAGGACUUAAGGAUGCAGGACCACAGUGCUGACCGGGACAGUCCUGACAGCUUUGUCCCCUCAUCCUCUCCGGAGAGUGUGGUGGGGAUGGAAGUAAGCAGAUACCCUGAUCUGUCCUUGAUCAAAGAGGAGCCCCCGGAGCCCGUGCCGUCCCCCAUCAUUCCGAUUCUUCCCAGCAGCGCCGGGAAAGGUUCUGAAUCUAGACGGAAUGACAUUAAAACUGAGCCCGGCACUUUCUUGUUCUCACCACCUUUUGGUUCUUCACCGAACGGCCCCAGGUCGGGUCUGAUAUCUGUGGCCAUCACUCUGCAUCCAGCAGCUGCUGAGAACAUCAGCAGCGUUGUGGCUGCGUUUUCCAACCUUCUUCACGUCCGAAUUCCUAACAGCUAUGAGGUUAGUAAUGCUCCAGACGGUCCAUCCGUGGGUUUGAUCAAUAGCCACAGAGUAAACCCAGGUUUGGAGUAUCGACAGCAUUUAUUUCUUCGUGGACCUCCACCAGGAUCUGCGAACCCUCCCAGAUUAGCAAGCUCUUACCGGCUGAAGCCGCCCCAUGUACCAUUUCCACCAACAAGCAAUGGUCUUUCUGGAUACAAGGAUGCUGGUCAUGGAAUCUCGGAGAGCGAGGCACUUAGAACACGGUGGUGUUGUCACUGCAAAGUGGUGGUUCUUGGAGGCGGGGUGCGGAAGUCUCUCAGAGACCUGGCCUUUGUAAGCAAGGAUUCCUGCGAGAGCUCCAGUAGAGUGGAGAAGGACAUUGUCUUUUGUAGUAAUAACUGCUUCAUUCUUUACUCAUCGACUGUACAAGCAAAAAUCUCAGAAAGCAAGGACUCCGUUCCUUCGUUGCCUCCGUCACCAAUAAAAGAGACGCCUUCCCGGGUGUUCCAUCAGUACAGCAACAACAUCUCCACGCUGGACGUGCACUGCCUCCCGCAGCUCCAGGAAGACGCUUCUCCUCCAGCCUCUCCCCCCAUCAAUUUCCCUCCAGCUUUUGAAGCAGCCAAAGUCGAGGCAAAGCCAGAUGAGCUUAAGGUCACGGUCAAGUUAAAGCCUCGGCUGAGAACUGCCCCUGGUGGGUUUGAAGACUGCAGGCCAGUGAGUAAGAAGUGGAGAGGAAUGAAGUGGAAGAAGUGGAGCAUUCACAUCGUCAUCCCCAAAGGCACGUUCCCGCCGCCUUGUGAGAACGAGAUCGACGAGUUCCUGAAGAAGCUGGGCACUUCCCUGAAGCCCGACCCCGUGCCCAGGGACUACCGCAAGUGCUGCUUCUGUCACGAGGAAGGCGAUGGCCUGACGGACGGGCCGGCAAGGCUGCUCAACCUCGACUUGGAUCUGUGGGUCCACUUGAACUGUGCUCUGUGGUCCACGGAGGUCUAUGAGACCCAGGCGGGUGCCUUAAUCAAUGUGGAACUAGCCCUGAGGAGAGGCCUGCACAUGAAAUGUGUCUUCUGUCAUAAAAUGGGUGCCACCAGUGGGUGCCACCGAUUGCGGUGCACCAACAUCUAUCACUUCACCUGCGCCAUGAAAGCACAGUGCAUGUUCUUUAAGGAUAAAACUAUGCUUUGUCCCAUGCACAAACCAAAGGGAAUUCAUGAGCAGGAAUUAAGCUACUUUGCGGUGUUCCGGAGGGUUUAUGUGCAACGGGAUGAGGUGCGACAGAUUGCCAGCAUCGUGCAGCGAGGUGAACGCGACCACACCUUCCGUGUGGGGAGCCUCAUCUUCCACACGAUCGGCCAGCUGCUCCCGCAGCAGAUGCAGGCGUUCCACUCCCCCAAAGCGCUCUUCCCUGUUGGCUACGAAGCCAGUCGGCUGUACUGGAGCACACGCUACGCCAACAAGCGCUGCCGCUACCUGUGCUCCAUCGAGGAGAAAGAUGGGCGCCCCGUGUUUGUCAUCAGGAUUGUGGAGCAGGGCCACGAAGAUCUCGUCCUAAGUGACACCUCACCCAAAGGUGUUUGGGAUAAAAUUUUGGAGCCCGUGGCUUGUGUGAGAAAACAGUCUGAAAUGCUCCAACUUUUCCCAGCGUAUUUGAAAGGAGAGGAUCUGUUUGGCCUGACUGUGUCUGCGGUGGCUCGGAUUGCGGAAUCACUCCCUGGGGUUGAAGCAUGUGAAAACUACACCUUUCGAUAUGGCCGAAAUCCUCUCAUGGAACUUCCUCUUGCCGUUAACCCCACAGGUUGUGCCCGUUCUGAGCCUAAAAUGAGUGCCCAUGUCAAGAGGUUUGUGUUAAGGCCUCACACCUUGAACAGCACCAGCACCUCCAAGUCCUUCCAGAGCACAGUCACCGGGGAGCUGAACGCCCCUUACAGCAAGCAGUUCGUUCAUUCCAAGUCGUCGCAGUACCGGAGGAUGAAGACCGAGUGGAAGUCCAGCGUGUAUCUAGCCCGGUCCCGGAUUCAGGGGCUGGGCCUGUAUGCUGCUAGAGACAUCGAGAAGCACACCAUGGUCAUUGAAUACAUUGGGACCAUCAUUCGAAAUGAAGUAGCAAACAGAAAAGAGAAGCUUUAUGAGUCUCAGAACCGCGGCGUGUACAUGUUCCGCAUGGAUAACGACCACGUGAUUGAUGCAACGCUCACGGGAGGGCCUGCGAGAUACAUCAACCAUUCAUGUGCACCUAACUGUGUGGCUGAGGUGGUGACUUUUGAGAGAGGACACAAAAUCAUCAUCAGCUCCAACCGGAGAAUCCAGAAAGGAGAAGAGCUGUGCUAUGACUAUAAGUUUGACUUCGAAGACGACCAGCACAAGAUCCCCUGUCACUGUGGAGCUGUGAACUGCCGGAAGUGGAUGAACUGAAUGCAUUCCUUGCGCUUGUCCCUAGGAAGAAGCGAUUCAACACACCGUUUGGAUUUGGCACCAGAGAGAUAUUUUUAUUUUCUGUUUAUGACUGAAAUCUAGCUUCUGGGAGUCUGAUUUCCUCAGCCCUUCCCAGGGAAGGCGGACUGGGCAACGCUCCUCCAGUGGCUGAGGUUACAGAAUUACAGAUGGUCCAGCACUUUUUUCUUUUUCUUUCCUUCUUUUUUCUUCUUGUGGGUGGGUGUUGUUUGUUUUGUUGUUUUAGUCUCACUAAGGAGAAACUUUUACUGGGGCACAGAGCCGAUGGCUGCCCUGCCCCAGGGCAAGGGCCUUCCUAUGAAUGUAAGACUGAAAUCACCAGCGAAGGGACACGUCCAAAGUGCUGGCCACGGCCUUAUUGAAAAAGGGGCAGGCCCUCUAAUUUAAAGUUUUUUAAAUAAA